UGUUUGAUUUUGGCUCUGGACAACCGGUCCAGCAGCACCCGGGCCGGAGCGCGCUCGCUCUCCGGGCCACCGUCCCUGCCACUGCAAACGCCACCUUGGUAUGGGGGUCUCUUUGCGGAGGCAUACCCGAACUCAUAACCUUCUUUACCAAGAUGAGGUCUUCAAGUCUUCAAGCCCUUUCUGCUGUAUCAGGUCGCGCUACCUUCCCACGCGCCUCUGCCACAGCCGGAUCGCGAACCUCGCACACGCGUUUCCUCCCGGAUUCCUCCUUCUCCCGCCAUCAUUUCCCGCUCCUUUAGCAAGAUGGUGGCGAGCACACUUCCGGUAUGUGUCCCUAAGGCUGGGUCCGGGCGGCUGCUGCAGGUGCCACCCAGUGGGUUCCAGCCUCUUUGCAGCAAUAGACUCAACAGCGGUGAUGGCGGGCAGACAGUCCGGUUGGAGCCGAGCGGUUCUUCUCCAGCUCCUUCUUGGCGUGAACCUGAUAGUGAUGCCACCCGCCCAGGCCCGCAGUCUGCGCUUCGUUACCUUGCUGUACCGACAUGGAGAUCGUUCACCGGUGAAGACAUAUCCCAAGGACCCGUAUCAGGAAGAAGAUUGGCCCCAGGGGUUUGGUCAGCUAACCAAGGAGGGGAUGCUUCAACACUGGGAGCUGGGCCAGGCUCUACGGCAGCGGUACCAUGGCUUUCUAAACACCUCUUAUCAUCGGCAAGAGGUUUAUGUUCGAAGCACAGACCUUGACCGCACCCUCAUGAGUGCCGAGGCCAACCUGGCGGGACUCUUCCCUCCCGAUGGGAUGCAGCGCUUCAACCCAAACAUCUCGUGGCAGCCUAUCCCCGUCCACACUGUGCCUGUCGCUGAGGACAGGCUGCUGAAGUUCCCGCUGGGCCCGUGUCCUCGUUAUGAGCAGCUGCAGAAUGAGACCCGGCAAACACCAGAGUAUCAGAAUGAGAGUAACCAGAAUGCACAAUUUCUGGACAUGGUGGCCAACGAGACAGGGCUUACCAACCUGACACUGGAGACUGUCUGGAAUGUCUAUGACACACUCUUCUGUGAGCGAACACAUGGGCUGGCCCUGCCACCCUGGGCCUCACUCCAAACCAUGCAACGUCUGAGCCGACUAAAGGAUUUCAGCUUCCGCUUCCUCUUCGGGAUCUACCAGCAGGCGGAGAAGGCCCGGCUUCAGGGGGGAGUCCUGCUGGCUCAGAUACGGGAGAACCUGACCCUGAUGGCAACCACCUCCCACGUCCCUAAGCUGCUGAUUUACUCUGCGCAUGACACUACUCUGGUCGCUCUGCAAAUGGCAUUGGAUGUCUACAAUGGGCACCAAGCCCCCUACGCCUCCUGCCACAUAUUUGAACUCCACCAGGAAGACAAUGGGAAUUUCUCAGUGGAGAUGUACUUCCGGAAUGAGAGUAAUAAGGCCCCCUGGCCACUGAUCCUGCCUGGCUGCCCACACCGCUGCCCACUGCAGGACUUCCUUCGCCUCACGGAGCCUGUUGUGCCCAAGGACUGGCAGCAGGAGUGCCAGCUGACAAGCGGUCCUGCAGACACAGAUUCACAUCUCCAGCCAUGACUUCCUGUCUGAGCUACAGACUCAUGUAUCCAGCUGCCAACUGGAAGUCUGCCUGGAUGUCAGAUAAGGCAUCGCAAAGUUGAUGUGUCUAAAACCAAAUGCCUUUUCCUCCAAAUCUGUUCUUCCCUGUAGACAUUCCCUCUUAAUAAAUGCCACAUCAGUCACCCACUGCACAGGAUAGGCCAGGAGUUACUUUAGAUAGCCUCUUUCUCACACCCCAUCUCCAGCCCACUAGUCCUAUCCACUCAACCUUUAAAAUAUACGCUCUUGCCUUCCUAGACUAACCUACCAUCAUCUCAUUCCUGAAC